GAAGAAGCUUCAUUUGCCGACAAUUUUUGCGCUUGUUUCUGUUGGAAAACGUGUGUAAAAGUUAUAAAACGUAUUUUAAUCGACGGAAAACGUUUAAAUACUUGUCGCGAUGGCUUUGGUUUGUGCACUUACAAACGAGGUACCCGAGUCGCCUGUGGUCUCGCCGUACUCGGGCGCCGUUUUCGAAAGACGCGUCAUUGAGAAGUAUAUUCUGGAGAACGGCUGCGAUCCGAUCUGUGGCAAGGAGCUGAAGCAAGAGGAACUGAUUGAAAUCAAAACGCCAGCAGUAGUGAAGCCAAAGCCACCCAGCGCCACCAGCAUACCGGCGACACUGAAAACCAUGCAGGACGAGUGGGAUGCGCUGAUGAUACACUCGUUUACCCAGCGCCAGCAGCUGCAGACCACCCGUCAGGAGCUGUCACAUGCGCUCUAUCAACAUGAUGCCGCCUGCCGUGUCAUUGCGCGUCUGAAGAAAGAGCUGACGGCGGCGCGCGAGGCGCUGGCAACGCUGAAGCCUCAAGCGGGCAUAGUGAAUGCGCCAUCGAUGAUUUCAGAGCCGGCUCUUGCCUCGGAAGCCGGUGCUGGUGGAGCUCACCAAAUGGAGCAGGCCGGCAUGAGUGCCGAGGUCAUACAGAAGCUGCAGGACAAAGCCACUGUGCUGACACAGGAGCGUAAAAAGCGUGGACGGACGGUGCCCGAGGAACUGGUCACACCAGAUCAAGUGAAGAACUUCCUCACGGUGGCCUCGCGUCCAGGCCUGCACUCGGCAUCUGUGCCUGGCAUUUUGGCUCUGGACAUAAACAGCGCCGAUCACAGCAAGAUUUUGACUGGAGGCAAUGAUAAAAAUGCUACUGUAUUCAACAAGGACACGGAACAAGUUGUGGCAAUAUUGAAGGGCCAUACCAAGAAAAUCACCAAGGUCAUAUACCAUCCCAACGAGGACACUGUCAUCACCGGCUCACCAGACAUGAACAUACGCAUUUGGCAUGUGCCCACAUCGCAAACGCAGCUCUUGUUGCGCUGUCACGAGGGGCCCGUCACAGGACUCUCGCUGCAUCCUACGGGCGACUACUUGUUGUCCACAUCUUCGGACAAGCACUGGGCCUUCUCGGACAUACGCACUGGACGCCUGCUGACAAAGGUCAUCGACACGGCUGAGGUGGGCCUGACAACCGCUCAAUUCCAUCCGGAUGGUCUGAUUUUUGGCACUGGCACCGUUGAUUCUCAAGUAAAGAUUUGGGAUCUGAAGGAGCAGAGCAAUGUGGCCAAUUUCCCUGGUCAUACCGGCCCCAUUUCGGCCAUAUCGUUCUCUGAAAACGGUUACUAUCUGGCCACUGCAGCGGACGAUGCAUGCGUAAAGCUGUGGGAUUUGCGCAAACUAAAGAAUUUCAAGACCAUACAACUAGACGAUGGCUACGAGGUCAAGGAUCUGUGCUUCGAUCAGAGCGGCACAUAUCUGGCCAUUGCCGGCACUGAUGUCAGGGUUUACUUGUGUAAGCAGUGGCAGGAUCUGAAGGUAUUCAACGACCAUACGGCACUGGCCACCGGCGUUCGGUUUGGCAAACAUGCGCAGUAUAUUGCCUCCACCAGCAUGGAUCGCACCUUGAAGCUAUAUGCCAUCGAAUAAAAGCGGCUUGUUUAAUUUAAGCAAACGGCGAUCCAUAGUUAGCAAUAAGUUCAACAUUUUAUAAAUAUAUGUAUACAUAUUUAACCGCUCUUGUGCGUAAACCAAUUUCCGCGUAAAUAAACCAGACUCUUCUUUAUUUCCGAUCCAAAA